GCCACUGGCGCGCGGGUGCCUGGGCGGUGACGUCAGAGCCAGUAGAAAGGGGCUGGCGGAGGCGAGUCCGCGCAGGGGCCAUUGCAGGGAGCGGAGCCGCAGCAGCAAUAGCCAUGUGCGAUUUCUCCGAGGAUCAGACGGCCGAGUUCAAGGAGGCUUUCCAGCUCUUCGACCGAACCGGGGAUGGCAAGAUCCUGUACAGCCAGUGCGGGGACGUGAUGAGGGCCCUGGGCCAGAACCCCACCAACGCCGAGGUCAUGAAGGUGCUGGGGAACCCCAAGAGCGAUGAGAUGAACAUGAAGACGCUGAGUUUCGAGCAGUUCCUGCCCAUGAUGCAGACCAUCGCCAAGAACAAGGACCAGGGCUGCUUCGAGGACUACGUGGAGGGGCUGCGGGUCUUCGACAAGGAGGGGAACGGCACCGUCAUGGGGGCCGAGAUCCGCCACGUCCUCGUGACCCUGGGGGAGAAGAUGACGGAGGAAGAGGUGGAGAUCCUGGUGGCCGGGCACGAAGACAGCAACGGCUGCAUUAACUACGAAGCGUUUGUGAGGCACAUCUUGUCAGGGUGAAGCGGAGCGGGAGCUGGUCCGGAUGGUGCUGAGCGGAUGAAGAGUCCAGCCGAUCUCCCCCCGUCCUGUCCCGUCCCCCCCGAGGCCUCGGCUCGCGGCCGGGCACUCGAGUUUAUUCUGUUUUGUGCCUUUUCUACGCCCUGUGUAAACUCCUCCCGGUGUGGACCAGAAGGAGACUUCAGUGCUGCAGGGGGGUGUCCCAGGGGUGCUCCCUGGGGGGGGGAGGAUGGGUGAUCCCUGUUUUUUCUGGGGUUCUCCCCCCCCCUCUAGCCCCUGCAGCAGUGCUCAGUUUCUCCUUCCAGCUGCUUUCACUAAUAAACGGUUUGGAAAGUGGUG